ACUAAUUUCACUAUUACUCACUGUGUUUCGCGUAAAAUUCUUCUCCGUUUCUUAUUUCUUGUUAUUAAAUUUUUUUUAACAUUUUAAGAUUUCAGCAUUAUACAUUAUAGUGUCGUGAACGAUUGACGAUGGUAAGAUUACUGACAACGCUCCUGUUCUUUACUUUUGAAAUCAAAAAGUAAAAAAAUAAGAAAAAAGGAAAAAUAUUAUGAAAUAACGUUCGCUUAGCAAUGAAUGCGAAGAAAAUCAAUCAAUUGCAAUUUACUAUAAUUUUCGCGUAUAACAGUCUAUAAGUGCGAAAAGAGCAUAGUAUUUGAGAUGGAGAAAUAAUAAUGUGAAUAAUAUAUGGAACCGAGGUAUAGACGGAUGAUUCUUCGAAUUUUACGUGGCAGUUAAUAUCUAGCAAGAACGAUGAACGUGUUUGACAAUCAGUAUCGUACUUAUCGUACUGUAUUGAAAAUUGUAGGACUGUGGCCAUACGACAACUCAAUCUACGUACGGAUUCAAAGAAUAUGUGUAUUAAUAUAUUUUCUUAUCGUUGUACUAGUACAGAUUUUCUCGCUUGUAAAAUCAGAAAUUUCGUUACGAAAUUGCAUCGUCACAUUUUCUACGACUUUUCCUACAUUGCUAUUUUGUUUACGAUAUAUUUAUUGUCUUACACUGUUUUCAUACGCAGAACUUUUAUUCGAUAACGUACAUACAGAAGAACAUCUAUUAGAAGAUACGACAGAAAUACAAAUACAAACGAAAUAUCUUGAUAUUUCUAGUCAUAUCAUCGAUAUUUUUUGCUGGAUGAGUUUUAUUUGUGUUGCAUCGACGUGCAUAUUUAUGUUAAAUCCUGUAAUAUUGGAUGUAAUAAUGCCUUUGAACAAAUUUCGCCUUCACUUUAGUCUCAUAUUCCUUUCUAAUGAUCGAAGAACAUAUAUUGAUAUUUUUAUGGUAUUAAAUUUGAUAAUAAUUUUGAUAUUCGGAUUAUUAUCUAUAGUAUGUUCAGAAUCGUUAACUAAUAUUUUUAGUUACUAUAUAUACAGACAAUUUGAUAUCGUCAGUUAUCGAAUACAAAAAAUCAUUGCGGAUCUCAGUAUGCCUAAUCUGCCUAAGACAGAUUUGAAAUUUAGAGAUAUACAUCGAGUAGUGGACAUUCAUUGCCACGCUAUCGAGCAUAUCCAUAUGGCCGCAAAUAAUGCAGCUACGCAAUAUCUGUUGGCAAUUAUUGUAUGCAUACUCUCAUUCUCUGUAAAUCUUUAUCGCCUAUAUAAGGCAUUAAUAACUAUGGACAAUCGAAUGGAAAUCUUCGGUUGUAUUCUUGUAGUUGCUUAUCAUUUAAUGAUAGCAUUUUACAGCAAUUAUUGCGGACAAUUAAUUAUUGAUAGUAAUCUUGGCAUAUUUAACGAAUUAUAUGCUUCUACAUGGUAUCGCAUUCCUUUAAAAGCGCAAAAACUAUUAUUGUUGAUGAUGUUGAGAAGUACAGUGGGUUGCGAAUUACAUCUUUCUGGUUUAUUCACUCCUUCUUAUGCAGGCUUUACAUCGAUGAUGAGUUCCUCCUUCUCCUAUUGUGCUGUUAUAUAUUCAAUUCAAUAAAUAUUAUCGAAUAUUACUGGCUUUUUACUCAGUAUAAGUAUUGCAAUUAUAUUUUAUUGUUAUACUUGUAGAUUUGAAUAAUGGAUAUUUAUUAAAUAUAGACACAA